GUUCUGUUUAAUGAUAGCUGGACAGUUGUCGAGUAAAAUAUUAUUAUACUGUCACAGUAGCUCAGCAGCGCGAUGGAACAUUAACACCGCGAGUUACAGUUCUCUCAGGCUAAUGUCUAACAAUUAGCCUUUGUUCUUUUUUCAGCUUUUUGCGAAAAAAGGCUUUAAUAUACAGUAGUGGCCAACGUGAUAGACUGUUAAUUGAUGAAAUGUAUGUUGUGUGUAAAAUACCAAUGCACUUUGUACUGUAUUUAUAUCUUAGUUAUAGUGUAUUUGUAUCUUAGUUAUAGCUACUGACUUAAUAAUAGAGCCGUAAAAUCCAUGUAACGUUUCCCCUGAAGAAGACGCGACCGGAAGUGUUCCUUGCUGCUGUUGACGGAACAGAGGCGUGAGCGAGGAUCGAGCGCAGCGGAGGCCGAGGAACAGCAAAGACACGGCAGUCAGGAUAUGUCUGGGAGGAUGGAAAUGGACAUCAGUGGGGUUUCCAGGGCUCACGUCUCCAUUCUGCCGGCAGCUGAGAUCACAACCACACUGAAAGCAGAAGCGGAGAGGCCUCGGUGUGCCAGCACCCCCUGCUCGCCCAUCAGGGGGACCGUAGCAGGCUACCAGAUUCUCCACAUGGACUCCAACUACCUGGUUGGCUUCACCACCGGAGAGGAGCUGCUCAAGCUGGCCCACAAGUGGUCCGAGAACGGGUCCGUGUCAGAGGCGGUGCCCAGCUCCAUUCAGAGUCCGGUGCCGAAGUCUGCGGACCUCCACCGGUCCUCGCGCACCUUCAAGGGCAGGAGUCGCUACUACCAACCGUACGACAUUCCUGGCGCCAACGGCAGGAGACGCCGGCGCAUGCCCAGCUCCAGCGGAGACCCUGGGAGAGGCCUGCACGAGCCCCUCCCCCUGUGUCUGCUCAAAGGAAAGGGGGCCCAGUCAAAAUCCCUGGACUACCUGAACCUAGACAAAAUCAGUAUCAAAGAGUCAUCAGACACCGAGGUGUUACAGUACCAGCUGCAGCACCUCACCCUGCGAGGGGAGCGAAUCUUUAGCAGGAAGAAGACGUGAAGCGCGACCAGUGUCCCUCCUGUGGAUCUAGGUGCUAUUUCCUGAUUGGUUCCUUUCUACUCAAAUGAUUAACUUUCACUGAUGAUCUUGUUUUGUUAACUGGGGUUUUACCGUGUGCUGUACAUGAUGUGUGACGGACUCCUUUAAACUAGUCCUCACAUUCUAAUGAGGUUAAAAUGUGAAUUAUUUAAACCUAAGCAAUAACUAGUGAAUCUAUUUAUUGACAGUGUUUGCGUUUGUACUAGUCAGAGCCAGGGAAGCACUGAUGACUCAGCUCAUGGCUGAGAAAUGCACAUAUCACAUAUUAUAUCAGCUUUAAAAUGCACCAUUGUUAUCAGGCUAAUAAUAGUUUCCUGCUAAUCUGUGAGACGUUGUGUUAGUGUUUUGUUGGACUGGACACAGUCGCCAGCUGAUACUCGGUUAUGUUGCUGAUUCCUUUCUUGUUGUUGUUUUGUUGUCGGUCAGUAGAAGGUGUUUCUAUCACAGGGUUAUGUGGAAAAUGAUGCCCAGUUUCCCAUUAAAAGGUCGUUUGUGCCACUGA